AUGUUUAGAGAUGCUUUUGGAAAAAGGUUCCAUGAGUGUGAGUUUAUCGACAAAGACAAGGUCAAAGAGCUUGUGUCUGAAGCCGAGAGCGCUCAAGGUAGUUUCACUUGCUCUGAGUUCUUUCCUAUUGUCGGACUUGGAUGGCUCGUUGACUGUAUUUCUAGGAAACAUAUGAGGCUCAAAGAUGUUUUCUUUAAGCUCGAUACUAUGUUUCAAGGUGUGAUCGAUUAUUAUUUACAUCCUGGAAAAAUAUCAAAAGAUCACAGAGAUAUCGUCGAUGUUAUGUUGGACGUGAUACAAUUUGUUUCUAGGAGGAGUAGAAUAGGAGCUAUUACCAUGAUAGGGGCAAAGACAAAACUCGUUAUAACCCUGAAAGUGAUGAAGAAAGUUCAAGGCGAGAUCCAAGAUCGUCUUGGCAACAAUAAGGAGAGAAUCACCGAAGAAGAUCUCGACAAAGUUCCCUUCUUGAACAUGGUGAUCAACGAAACAUUAAGAUUAGACGCAGCUGCUCCUCUUCUGCUCCCAAGGGAAACAAUGGCUCACAUCAAGGUCCAAGGCUAUGAUAUUCCUCCAAAGACACAGAUCUUGGUAAACACUUGGGCGAUAGGAAGACAUCCAAAAUACUGGACAAACCCGGAAGAGUUUAACCCCGAGAGGUUUAUGGAUAGCCCUGUGGAUUAUAAAGGAUGA